AUGGACACAAAGUACGUCCUCUCGAAAAUAAACCCGUACCAUGUGGCUAAUAAGAUCAUCCGCUGUACAUAUAGAGAUCAUCCAUUUGUGUACAACGGAGUCUGUUUCAUCUACACUAAAAAGGUAGAUAACCCCAUUCCAUCUAACCUCACCAUUCAAGGAUGUAGAUUGGGGGUAAAAUAUGAAGGACAGCCCCAGCCUGAUAGGAAGUGCUAUGUCUGUCAAGUCGAAGGACAUACAGCCAGGGACUGUCCUUCUAGACCACCACCACCCCCUAUCUCACCCAUUACUGACAAAGAGGGAUCGGGCGCCUUUCAAGUCUACAACCCUCAUAAGAAAGCGCCAAACCAAAUUUUUAAAUCUGUGGGCGAUCUCCUCAAAACUAUCAGGAACACCUCUACGCCCAUUCAGUCCAAUAAAAACAAUCUGGAUACACCGGCUACCCCUGGCUGGGUGCCGGACGAAGCCGAGUGGGAAAACGUAGAGGAAACCUGCAGGAAACAGGAAUUGUCUCGUCAGAGACAAUCUGAUGAUAUUGAAAACACUACUCCUUACAGACUGAUCACAUUCAAUGGACCGAAAUCUAACACUAGAGGUGUUGUUCUCCUCUAUAAGAAACACCUGGAACUUAUAAGUACGUACCAAAUUCAAGAACGGGUAAUUAGUGCUAGAUUUCAAAUAGAAAAGAAAAACCUCUAUGCUGUAAAUGUGUAUGGAACUCGAGAAUCAGGUAUAGGUCUCGAGUUCUAUACACAAAUAUACGAAUAUUUAAAACAGAUCUAUAAUCAUAACGACAUCUAUUUAUUAAACGGGGACUUUAAUCUAUACUACGACACACUGGACAAUAAAAGCGGUCUAUUCAACCACCAACCUGUAGGCAUCAGAAACUUAUUUAGUAAAAUCAAAGAAGAAUUUCUCUUGGUAGAUGCCUACAGGCACAAGUACCCGAAGAAAAAAGUUUUUACGUUUCUCCGUGGUACAGAGGGUACUCGAAUAGACCGCAUCUAUGUGUCUCAGUCUGUCGUUAGUCAUGUCCGACGUAUCUCACAUUCCACUGUCUCCUACUCCGACCACAAGUCCGUCCAGAUUCAACUCCAGCUAGGAUCAGACAGGUGGGGUAGGGGAAAGUGGAAAAUGAAUAUGUCGGUACUACAAGAAGACAACUAUAUUUUGCAGGUAUUGGCGUUUUGGGAAUGCUGGCAAACCCAGAAAAAAAGUUUUGCUACCCAAUAA